AUGUUGCCCAGCCAAGCUGGUUCGGCACCAUCUGGAAACGGGUCAGCGUCAGGCAGGGGCACGACAGGACACGGUUCGGCGGGUGUCGGUGGCGGCGUUCGCCCCGUUUUGGUUCGAGGAGUGCAAGCUUUACCGGGGGUGGGCGAAGGCGCCGGUGCCGCGGGGCGUCCGGGUGAGCGGGACGCCGUCGGGAUGCUGGGGGCUAAUGGUCCAGGGGGUCCGAGAGGCGCCAGGCCGGGCAACGGGACCGGGGUGAACCCGCUACAGACCACCGUCCAAGGAAACAUGAUGGGGCUAAGCUCCGGAGUUGUGUUGCCCCACGGUGCCCGGUUCGACCCGGAGAACGCUCCUAUAUGCAGCGGCUCGGAUAAUGACUCGGACUCCGGGGACGACGAUGACCCGGUGGGUUCACUCGGGGACAGCAGGAGAGGGGUGAAGCGCGAGAGGGGGGAGAUGGAGGCUGCGGGCACGGGGCAGGAGGUGGGACUACCUGCCGGAGCCUACGGCAUGGUGUCCGGAGGAGUAGCCGGGGCAAAGCCCGGGAAGAAGACACGUGGACGCGUGAAGAUAAAGAUGGAAUUUAUCGACAACAAGCUGCGACGCUACACCACUUUCAGUAAGAGGAAGACGGGCAUUAUGAAAAAGGCGUAUGAGCUGUCCACCCUGACUGGAACCCAGGUUCUGCUGCUCGUGGCCAGUGAAACGGGCCACGUCUACACGUUUGCCACCCGGAAACUGCAGCCCAUGAUCACCAGCGAGACGGGCAAAGCCCUGAUCCAGACAUGCCUCAACUCCCCGGACUCGCCGCCGCGCUCCGACCCAUCCAUGGACCAGCGGAUGAGCGCCACGGGCUUCGAGGAGACAGACCUCACCUACCAGGUGUCUGAGUCAGAGAGCAUGGGUGACACAAAGGACACUCUUAAGCCCACGUUCACAGUGGCCAGCCUCCCGGGCACUGCCAGCAGCGCACAGUCCACAGUACCGACCACAUCCACCACCAUGCAGGUGAGCAGCGGGCCUUCCUUCCCCAUCACCAACUACCUGGCCCCCGUCUCGGCCAGCAGCAACAUCAGCGCAAACGGGACCGUCCUCAAGACCGCCGGCACUUCCACGGGGGUCAUGCAGCUGCCCAGCGGCUUCACCUUCAUGCCUGCAGGCACCUCUCUGCCCCCCGGCACCCCCACCAUUCCUCUGAGCCAGCUGCACCAGCACUCCCUGGCCCUCCAGGGGCAGCAUGGUCAGGCCUUGGCCGCCGCCCCCCAGCCACAGCAGGGACAGCAGGCUGUCUUCCGCUUCCCUGCUGCUGUCUCCCUCACAGGAGCAGGCGUUCCACAGCAGCUCCAGGCCAUCCAGGUCCAUCCCAGCACCCAGCCCGCCUCCAACAGUGACAGCAGCCCGGAGAUCUCCCACACCUCCACCAACUCCACCUCAACAGUAAGCCUCCCAGCAACCAUAGUCACUUCAUCAGUGCCAACGUCCGUGGCGGGUCACAUGAUGUACCCCAGCCCUCACACGGUAAUGUACGCCUCCACGCCGGCGCUGGCCGACGGAGGCCUGGCCGUGCUCAACGCCUUCUCCCAGGGGUCAUCGGCCAUGCAGGUGUCCCACGCCCAAGCCCAGGACACAGGUUCUGUCCCUCAGGUGUUCCUCACAGCACCCCCCGGCACGGUGCAGAUCCCCGUCUCCGCAGUGCAGCUACACCCAAUGGUGAUUGGCCAGCAGUCGAGCGGCAGCAGCACUAACCUGACAGAGCUCCAGGUGGUCAACCUGGACGCAGCACAGAACUCAAAGGGUGACUGA